AUGGGUAGAGCUCCUUGCUGUGAUAAAAUGGUUGUGAAAAAGGGCACCUGGACACUCGAGGAAGAUAAGAUUCUUGCUGAGUAUAUUCAGAAAAAUGGCCAUGGAAGCUGGCGUGCUCUUCCCAGGGAGGCUGGGCUUCGUCGGUGUGGGAAGAGUUGCCGCCGGCGCUGGACUAAUUACUUGAGACCUGACAUUAAGAGAGGUCGGUUUCAACCACAAGAAGAAAAAACUGUCCUUCAGCUCCAUGCAAUUCUAGGCAACAGGUGGUCUACAAUAGCUUCUCAUCUGCCAGGGAGAACUGACAAUGAGAUCAAGAACUUCUGGAAUACCCACUUGAAGAAAAAGCUGUUGGGAAUGGGACUGGAUCCUUCCACCCAUACGCCCAAAUCUGAGAUAUCCAGCGCAAAUGGGUCACAGGGAUCUCAGUCCACAGCUCUCCUAAGGCACGUGUCACAGUGGGAGAUUGCAAGGCUUGAAGCCGAAGCAAGGCUUUCCAGAGAUUCAAUCCUGUCAUCUAAGAAUAAGUUGAAGGGAAAAGAUAAUGUGGAGGUCAAAUCCAGGGCACCCACUGAUCAUUUCUUGAAGCUUUGGAACUCGGAAGCAGGUAAGUCCUUCAGAAAGGCUAAGAGAAACAAUACCAAUUGUGAGAAUCCCCAUGGACUAGAUCAGGAUAAAGGGAAUGCCUUUCCAUCCACCGGUGCAAGUCCCCACAUAACUUUAUGCCCAGCUGCUUUCAACUCGCAUCAGAGAAUUAUUAACAGGGAAGACAAAUUAUCAGCUACCGGAUCCCAUGAUCCUUCCUCUGAGGCUAUUAUGAGGGGCCAAAUAGAGAACAAGAACCCUAGCAGCCAUGAAUACUCCUCUACCUCUGCUGAUGCUCAUGUUCAUGACCAUGACAUACAGGACUUGACGGAUCUGCUUCUGGAUUCCCCUAAUUGCAAUACUGCUAAUAAGACCAGUCACAAUAACUCCAACACGGCAGAAUUAAGAACGAAUUUGGAACUGCAGUCAGCUUGGGGAUGGCAAGAACUACACCUAGAUGAGGACAGCGAUUACUGGAACAGCGCACUUGGAGGUAGAAGGUGUUGGGCUGUGAACAACAGGGGGUGUGGGGGUGUUGCGGGGGUUGCUGGGGGGCUGAGGCUACGCGGGGGUGGAGCUUUGGCGGUGCGGGGGUGGCGUUUCAGUGGUGUGGGAGUGGGGUUUUGGUGGCUUGCGGGUGGGGCUCCGGCUGGGGGUGGCUUGAGGGUCUCCCAUGAGCUUGGGGAGCCGAUUGGGUUUGUCUUUCAGUGGUGCUCAGGCAAGGUGGUGUCUCGGGCUCUGAGCCGUUUUGAUCAGCCUUUUGGGGGGCGGUUUUUUUUUUAG